AAAAACUGUAGAGAAAAAAAGGAAAAGCUAACUGUCUGAUACACACCUCUCAAUUCUUCCAGGGAGCGGAGUGUUUAUGAAGCGUAGAAGUAAACAGUGGACUAAUUAGGCAGCCUAGCGAAGAGCAAAACCCACUUUUUUAACACCAAGACUAAGCAACGUUUCCCGGCCGCUGUUUGGGAUUAAGUUUUCCUCCAUGCCAUCUCAAAAAGGUGGAUCAUUAUCUCGAUCCGAGACAGCGAGGCGAAUUUGAAAUGCGUAGCCCGCGCGAGGCUGUUUUCUUCUGGAGUCUAAAAGCCGACGUUUGAACUAUCCGUAAGCAUCCGCUCGAGAACACGGGCACGUGCACACUCGCAUGCACACAGGUGUGAGACUUCAAAGUGUGCCCUUAAGGGCUUCCCUGUACCUGGCGGCCCCGUCACUGUGGAGCUGACUGGCUAGUGGAGCGCAGACAGGAGGGCGGAGAUCCGGACGGAGCAGAGAGAGGCCCCUGGAGCGGUGAAGGGAUGGCGCUGACGGACAAACACAAAGUGAAGAGGCAGCGGCUGGACAGGAUCUGUGAAGGUAUCCGGCCCCAGAUCAUGAACGGGCCCAUGCACCCGCGCCCCCUGGUGGCGCUGCUGGACGGGCGGGACUGCACAGUGGAGAUGCCCAUCCUUAAAGACCUGGCCACCGUGGCCUUCUGCGACGCCCAGUCCACACAGGAGAUCCAUGAGAAGGUGCUGAACGAGGCGGUGGGCGCCAUGAUGUACCACACCAUCACGCUGACCCGCGAGGACCUGGAGAAGUUCAAGGCGCUGCGCAUCAUCAUCCGCAUCGGCAGCGGCUACGACAACAUCGACAUCAAGGCAGCCGGGGAGCUGGGCAUCGCCGUGUGCAACAUCCCGUCAGCGGCGGUGGAGGAAACGGCCGACUCGACGCUGUGCCACAUCCUCAACCUGUACCGGCGCAACACCUGGCUUUACCAGGCGCUGCGCGAGGGCACGCGGGUGCAGAGCGUGGAGCAGAUCCGCGAGGUGGCGUCGGGGGCCGCCCGCAUCCGGGGGGAGACCCUCGGCCUCAUCGGCUUCGGUCGCUCGGGCCAGGCGGUGGCGGUGCGCGCCAAGGUGUUCGGCUUCAACGUCAUCUUCUACGACCCCUACCUGCAGGACGGCCUGGAGCGCUCGCUGGGCGUGCAGCGGGUCUACACGCUGCAGGACCUGCUCUACCAGAGCGACUGCGUGUCCUUGCACUGCAACCUCAACGAGCACAACCACCACCUCAUCAACGACUUCACCAUCAAACAGAUGCGUCAAGGCGCUUUCCUGGUGAACUCUGCGCGGGGGGGUCUGGUGGAUGAGAAGGCCCUGGCCCAGGCCCUGAAGGAGGGCCGGAUACGAGGGGCAGCCCUGGACGUCCAUGAAUCCGAACCAUUCAGUUUCAGCCAGGGCCCGCUGAAGGACGCCCCCAACCUGAUCUGCACGCCGCACACGGCCUGGUACAGCGAACAGGCCUCGCUGGAGAUGAGGGAGGCCGCCGCCACCGAGAUACGGCGAGCCAUCACCGGCCGCAUCCCUGACAGCCUACGGAACUGUGUCAACAAAGAGUUCUUUGUUACCACGGCGCCCUGGGGGAUGAUGGAGCAGCAGCAGCAGCAGCAGCAGCAGCAGCAGCAGCAGCAGCAGCAGCAGGUUCACGCUGAGCUCAACGGUGCAGCCUACAGGUACCCCCCAGGGGUGAUGGGACUGGCCCCCGGCGGGAUCCCCGGUCCACUGGAAGGGCUGGUGCCCGGAGGGUUGCCUGGCAACCACACUCUGCCCUCUGGUACCCACCCCUCGCAGGCCCCCUCCCCCAUCCGACCCUCCAAACACGGCGACCCCAGCCGAGAGCACAUGACCGAGCCAUAGGACUGCUAAAGCCAGGCAUGGGGGGUGAGGGGGGGCUGGGGAGGGGCAACGGGAGCGUCAUACCCACGUAUACUUUACCCAGCGACCUCCCAAACAUUCCCCCUCCGUCCAACCCUCCUAGCAUCGCCCCGAGCCUCCCCCUCCUCCGGCCCCGCCCAGCCAACGCGAACUUACCAGCAAGACG